GAACACCCUUCAGACGUCACGCCACUGCACCGCCGCUCACGCGCAGCACUGCGGAUACUGAGCGCCGACACGGUGCUGAAUUUCGGUCUGUCUCAGAGCCGUGCUGCGGUCAUCAUGGCUCUCUACCACUAUGUCACCCAAGAGCAACGCUCAGGUUUUGAUAAAUAUAAGUACAGUGCGGUUGACUCCAACCCCCUCUCUAUCUACGUCAUGCACCCCUUCUGGAACUCAGUCGUGAAGAUCUUGCCCACAUGGCUUGCCCCAAACCUCAUCACAUUUACAGGGUUCAUGUUCCUGGUACUCACCUUCACCUUGCUGUCCUUUUUCGACUUUGACUUUUAUGCCUCAGGGGAAGGCCAUACACAUGUGCCAAGCUGGGUGUGGAUAGCUGCUGGUUUGUUCAAUUUUCUGGCCUAUACCUUAGAUGGUGUGGACGGCAAACAGGCUCGGAGAACAAACUCCAGCACUCCGCUGGGUGAGCUGUUUGACCACGGCCUGGACAGCUGGGCAUGUGUGUUCUUCGUCGCUACAGUGUACUCUGUCUUCGGACGGAGUGAGACGGGCGUCGGAGUGGUGACGCUGUAUUAUCUGUUAUGGGUCGUCCUGUUUUCCUUCAUACUGUCCCACUGGGAGAAGUACAACACUGGGAUUUUGUUCUUGCCCUGGGGCUACGACAUCAGUCAAGUGACUAUCUCUGUCGUGUACAUAGUAACAGCGGUGGUUGGUGUGGAAACAUGGUACAAACCUGUUAUUGGGAAUGUUCAUUACAGAAAUCUCUUCACUGUUAUGAUUGUUGGUUGUUUAUUUGUUGUAACACUGCCAAUGAGCCUCUACAAUGUAUUUAAGGCGUACCGUAAUAACACCCUGAAGCACAGUUCGGUGUAUGAGGCCUUGUUGCCGUUUUUCUCUCCCGUCCUCCUGUUUGUGCUGUCUACACUGUGGAUCAGUCUCUCUCCUACAGACAUCAUUGAGAAGCAACCCAGAAUCUUUUAUCUCAUGGUGGGAACAGCCUUCUCCAAUGUUACUUGCAAGCUCAUUGUAUGCCAGAUGAGUAAUACUCGAUGCAAGCCACUGAGUUUGUUGUUGUUGCCGAUGACAGCGGUGGUGUUGCUAGUGAUAUCUGGGACUUUGCAGAAUGGUGAAAUUAUCAUCCUUUACAUAUGGACCGCUGUAGUCAUCCUCACUCACAUUCACUAUGGAGUAUCAGUUGUGAAGCAGCUGAGUGAUCAUUUUAACAUAUACGCUUUCUCACUAAAGAAACCCAAUUCGGACUGACAAGACGAGGA